UCUCUCUCUCUCUCAAAAAAUAUGAAAUUGAUUAUGUCAAUGGGUGUGGUUUUAUGGGCACCUUUACUUGUAUUUCUCUAUCUCUUCUUGAAGAUUGCUUAUGAAACUCUUACUUGUUAUUUGCUAACACCCAUACGCAUCAAGAACAUCAUGGCUCGGCAAGGAGUCCAUGGCCCUAAACCCCGGUUCCUGAUCGGUAACCUCAUAGAUGUUGCCUCCCUCGUCUCCAAAUCCACCUCUUUUGACAUGCCCUCCAUUGAUCACGACAUUGUCCCUCGCCUCUUACCUCAUCUCGUCCUCUGGUCCAAAAUAUACGGAAAAAGAUUCAUAUAUUGGAAUGGUACGGAACCGCGGAUGUGCUUGACGGAAACUGAUCUUAUCAAAGAGCUUUUAGUAAAGCACAGCACUAGUUCCGGGAAAUCAUGGCUUCAACAACAAGGCUGUAAGCAUUUUAUUGGCCGUGGACUUUUAAUGGCCAACGGCGAUGAUUGGCACCACCAACGUCACAUCGUCGCACCCGCAUUUAUGAGAGAUAAACUCAAGAGUUAUGCGGGUUACAUGGUGGAAUGCACUAAGGAGAUGAUUCGAUCAAUGGAGAAAGAAGUAGCGAUGGGACGUGAGGAGUUUGAGAUUGGAGAGUAUAUGGCUCAGCUAACAGCCGAUAUCAUUUCACGAACUGAAUUCGAUAGUAGCUACGAGAAAGGGAAGCAAAUAUUUCAUUUGUUAACGGUUUUACAGCAACUGUGUGCUCAAGCUAGCCGUCACUUAUGUCUUCCGGGAAGCCGAUUUCUUCCGAGCAAAUACAACAGGGAGAUCAAGUCGUUAAAGAUGGAAGUGGAGCGACUAUUGAUGGAGAUAAUACAAAGCCGAACGGAUUGUGUUGAGAUUGGUCGGAGUAGCUCGUAUGGGAAUGAUUUACUUGGGAUGUUGCUUAACGAAAUGCAGAAGAAAAGAGGGGAGAAUGGAUUCAGCUUGAAUUUGCAGGUGAUAAUGGAUGAAUGCAAGACGUUCUUCUUUGCAGGACAUGAAACGACUGCACUUUUACUCACAUGGACGAUCAUGUUAUUAGCUAGCAAUCCAUCUUGGCAAGAUAAGGUUCGAGAGGAGGUUCGACUUGUCUGCAAUGGUGGUUCACCUUCGGUUGAGCAUCUAUCCAAGCUCUCUUUGUUAAACAUGGUGAUCAACGAAUCUUUGAGAUUGUAUCCUCCUGCAUCCGUGUUGCCGAGGAUGGCGUUUGAGGAUAUAAUACUAGGUAACCUCCUCAUUCCAAAAGGGUUGUCGAUAUGGAUCCCGGUGCUUGCCAUACACCAUAGUGAAGAUAUAUGGGGUAAAGAUGUAAACGAAUUCAACCCUAAUCGGUUUGCCUCAAGGUCCUUCUCUCAAGCACGCCAUUUUAUGCCGUUUGCUGCUGGCCCACGUAAUUGUGUCGGACAAUCUUUCGCAUUGAUGGAGGCUAAGAUAAUUUUGGCUAUGUUAAUAUCCAAGUUCAAAUUUAUGAUAUCCGAUAGUUAUAGACAUGCACCAGUUAUAGUGCUAACUAUAAAACCUAAAUAUGGGGUUCAAGUGUGUUUGAAGCCCUUAGAGGAAUGAGAAAG